AUGGCAGCUGUGGCUACUCUUUUCAGUUCAAAUGAAUUAGAUUCUCGAUCAGUUGCUUCAUUCAAGAGUGGAUCAAGUAGUUCAGGUGCACAUACUGAUGUUACUGGCACAAGAUCAAGUGAGUCACGACAGAAUAGUGUUCAACCUGAAGAUGAUGAAGAUCUCGAUUUAUGGGCAUUAUGGGGUAAUCUUAUAAAAAAUUGGGAGACUGAAAGUCGGAAAAGGCCGAAUUUCAUAAAAGAUUUGGCUCGCCGUGGUAUUCCACAACACUUUCGUACGAUUGCAUGGCAAUUGUUAAGCAACGCCACGGUAUCAUCAAUUCACGAUAAUUAUUCGGAAUAUUUACGACGAAGUUCACCAUAUGAAAAGGUAAUUUUACGAGAUAUUCCACGAACCUAUCCAGAACUCGAAUUUUUUAAAGAAAAUGGUCGUGGUCAACAAUCACUUUUCAAUGUUAUCAAGGCAUAUAGUGUACAUGAUAAAGAAGUUGGCUAUUGCCAAGGAAGUGCAUUUAUUGUCGGUCAAUUGUUGUUACAGAUGCCUGAGGAAGAAGCAUUCGCUGUUUUCAUUCGACUGAUGGAACAGUUUCGUUUACGAGAUUUAUAUAAGCCAACAAUGACUGAACUAGGUUUAUGCAUGUUUCAACUGGAGUGCCUUGUUCAGGAACAAAUGCCUGAUCUUCAUACGCAUUUUAAUAAUAUGGGCUUUGAUACGAGUAUGUAUGCUAGCAGUUGGUUUUUAACACUUUUCACGACCUCUUUACCAUUAGAAUUGGCAAAUCGUAUUAUGGAUCUUUUUCUUGUUGAGGGAAUGGAAUGUAUAUUUCGAAUAUCUUUGGCGAUACUACAACAAGCUCGUAUCGAUCUUUUGAAGCUCGAUAUGGAAGGAAUGCUUAAAUAUUUUCAACGAGAAAUUCGUGAACGAUUCGAAAAUGACCACGAUUUACUUUUCGUUGUUGCAUCUCAAGUUACGCUGAAUUAUAAAAAAAUGAAAAAGUAA